UGAAGGGCAGCGUGGCACAGGGCGCUGGUUUCUCUGGCUAUGCAGAACAGAAUGUCAGGAACUGCUAUAUGUGGUCAGAUGUCUGUAAGAGGGAGCAUGAGGCUGUGAGCUCAUAGUCUGCAUUAGCCUUCAGAACAUCAGAGGAGAACUUUCAAGUAGUUCACCAACACCUGCAGAAUAAAAGCGGAGCACAAAGCAACCAAGAACGGAAGAAUUUCCAGAAUGAGUCAAGCUGAGGAAAGCAGUGGCCACUCAACAUGGAAUAUUGUGAGGUCAGUAGUCUGCAUAAUACUGGGCUUGUCAUUUCUAAUUGGCACCCCUGGGAACUGCAUCGUCAUCUGGACUGUUUGUACAAAAAUGAAGAAAGUAUCUCUCUCAGUCCUGCUGAUCUUGAACCUGGCCAUUGCUGAUGUCCUUGUACUGAUCACUUUACCAAUCUGGAUUUACUCUUUUGCUGACUCAUGGGUUUUUGGAGUCAUCUUCUGCAAAGUGCUGGUUUUCAUUAUUUACUGCAGCAUGUAUGCCAGUAUAUUUCUGAUUACAGCACUCAGCUUGGAGCGGCUACUGGCUGUGUUUUACCCUUUCACAAUUCAAACAUACAGAAGAAAAGACAAAAUUUCUUUGAUUGUGUUCCUCAUUUGGUUCCUGUCUAUUGCCUUUGGCAUUUCUGUCAUUCCAUUUCAAGAGACAGAAGAAACAGACGGUCGACUUCUAUGCACAUGUCGCAACUACUCUUCUAAUAGACAGAAAGUGUCCUAUCUUCUGCUGGAGACCCUUGCAGGUUUUGUAAUCCCUUUCUUAAUUAUUUGCACUUGUUAUGUGUGUGUUGCAAGAAGAAUAAGCAGAAUGACUUACCAAUCCAAGCAGCGAUCAGAACGUCUCAUUGCCAGCGUCGUGGUGGCUUUCAUUCUGUGCUGGUUCCCUCACCACAUCUUUAACAUCCUGGAUAUCAUUUCUAUUGAAAUAGAACUCUCCAAUGAGGAGAUGUCUUUGGCACUGGAAGAAAUUGUAGACAAAGGAGUGUACAUCUCUGGCGCACUUGUAUUCAUCAGUAGCUGUAUUAACCCUCUGCUUUAUGCUUUUGCUGCACGAAGGUUUCAGAACCACCUGAAGUUUGCGAAGAUGUCAAAGCUGUUUGAGCAGAUCAGUCAGACUGUAACAGAGGAAGAGAAGAAAAGAAGUCUGGUUGUAGCCAAACAUGAAGAUCCUUUGGCAGGCACAGAAAACCUCUAACAAGGAACUCAGGGAAUAAUCUCUGUCAUUUCUUCAGCAGUCCUUUUUCCUCAUUCUCUCAGUUUUAUUUACUGAGCAGUCCAGGGAAAGCUGUAGAGAAAUAAAAGGUUUUGGGGUUUUUUCAUGUGUGUUUUACAAGAAUUGGCAUAAACAACCUCGUUCAGCUAACAAAUUAAUAUUCACAUCAUUGAAUGAGCACUAUUUCAUUGUUGCUGAGAACCUCGGCGAGGUGGCUAAAAGCUAAAAAUGUGAGGAGUACAGGGUUGUUACUUUCCAUUAAAAUUAUUUCUGAUUUCUAGAAAGUCUGUGUGCAGAAAACAGAAAAGAACAGCAUGUGGAAAGGAGAGACUUUGAAAGAUUAAAACUAAUGAAACUAAGAUUUUUUUCAGAAAAAAAAAUGUUACAUGUUCAAAAAUCCUUAUACAAUCUAAAGUUUUAAGAAGUUAAAUUCUUUAUAUGGCUAAAAAUGGUUUUAAAGUGUGCUAAUGACACAAAACUCUUCUGGGUUGAUGGAAAAUCCAAAGCUAUUUUUUAUUCAUUACUAUAUUUAGGUUUGAAAUUAAUAAGUGUUGUUCACACAGUCAAGCUCAUUUACUGCAUUAUCUUGGGGUAGUAGGUUUGUACAAGUCAAACAUGGAGUAUGAGAACUGUGUUAUAUGGCAAACAUCACUGCAGACUGCAUGCUGUAUCUGAUGGCAAACACAUUGCAUGCUUCUGUGGCAAUUUUAUGUAUUAUAUGUAUGUACUUUGAGUAUCCUCAAAAAUUUUGAUUCAAAGAAGUUAAGCUUCCAAGAUGUCUAUUAAAUUGUGGAAGAAUUGGAUCAGGCUCAGGUGAGGAGGAAGGAGACAUCCUUCCUGUUAUUUUUAUGUGUAAGAAAAUUAUGGUAGUAGUACAUUAUGGUAGUAGUGUCUCAUAUCAGAAGAACUUCACCUUGCAAAUAAAAGAGUUAUAUUUUUCUUUUUUUUAUAGAAUAAUGGAUUUUGCCAUAGGAAACCAAUAAAAUUAGUGUUUGCAAGGGCUUUAGUUUUGUGAAUGUGUGUAAACUCACUGUGAAAAAUUACAUGGCAUCAAGUGUUUGCUUUUGAAGUUUUAUUUAUUUCAAUUAUGCCUAACAUUUUUUACAACUGCUUUGUAAAGUUUUAAGUCAAUCAUUUGUAAUAAGAUCAAGAUUACUGAUUAUGAAGCAUAUUGUAAUUUCAUAUUCCCUGUUCUAGACAGCUGCUAAAUAGCUACAUUACUCAUCUUUACAAAGAAAUUGCAAAUACUAACCAGCCAUUAAUUUUUGAAAUUUUGAAUAAUUUUGAAUUUUGAAGUGAAGGAUAUUUGAAUUGUAUUAAUUUAGCUUGUAAAUGGAA